AUUUACCUCUGCAAUACCAAGGUUCGAAGAGAAGAUCUCAAGACAAGGAGAGCUAGAAAUAAAUAGUGAUGUGCAUUCGUUGACCGUACGUGAGGUGUUAAGAUUAUUGUGUUCCCCUACGAACUCUAAGGUAAUAAGCUAUGGCGUCUACCCAGAAGAUGCUGAGGCGGGAGAGUUGGCAGAAGGAUGCGAGAACUAUUUUUAAUAUUUUGAAAUACUUUUGGGCUUGAACCCCUACAUGUGAUUCAGGACGCACAGUUAGAGAGCAUGGUCGCUGCCUCCUCCACUGACAUAGCCAUGGAGCUUGCCUUGGGGCGCUACCAUCGAUUUCGGGCACCAAAUCUCAAGUGUCUUAUAGCCCAAUCUAGUUAUCCAUACCCCAUCCUAAAUUCUAUCAUGGUAUCGGAGAAGGUUUUGGCUCACCUCGUUUGUCAAGGGUUUCUUUUGCUGUUCACCAUCAUUUCUCUGCCACAAAACUCACUUUCCCAGCGAGAUUCGUUUUACAUGGAUUUUGUGGUGGAUGCAGUGGAGAUGCCGUCGGAGGACUACUACGAUUACAUCAUCGUCGGAGGGGGGACCGCCGGUUGUCCGCUGGCGGCGACUUUAUCGGAGACCUACAAGGUUCUGGUUCUUGAAAGAGGCGGCGUUCCGUUUGGGAACCCGAAUUUGAUGACCCAAGAGGGGUUUCUGGCGGCCUUAUCGGAAGUCGACGCCUUUGACUCCCCUGCCCAGACGUUCAUCUCCGAAGACGGCGUCCCCAACGCGCGCGGCCGCGUUCUCGGCGGGAGUAGCGCCAUUAACGCCGGGUUCUACAGCAGAGCCGACGAGGAGUUCUACUCCAGCUCCGGGAUCAACUGGGAUUUCAAUCUGGUGAACCAAUCGUACGAGUGGGUGGAGAGAUCCAUCGUUUUCCGGCCGGAGCUCAAGAGCUGGCAAUCGGCGGUGCGGGACGGUUUGCUGGAAGCCCGAAUCGACCCUUACAACGGCUUCACCCUGCACCACGUUCUUGGCACCAAGAUCGGCGCGUCCACCUUCGACAACUCCGGCCGCCGCCACAGCGCGGCGGAUCUACUGUUCUUCUCCAAUUCCAGCAAUAUCCGGGUGGUGGUGUACGCGUACGUGGAGAGGAUUCUUCUGGCGUCGACCACCGCAUCGCUGGAUUCGAAGCAAUCGGCCAUCGGGGUGAUUUUCCGGGACCGGAUCGGGCAGUUCCACCACGCGAUGGUGAAGGACAACGGCGAGGUCCUGCUUGCCGCCGGCGCUCUGGGCAGCCCGCAGCUGCUCCUAUUAAGCGGAAUCGGGCCGAGGCUUUACCUAUCUUCUCUGGGCAUCCCGGUGGCCCACCACUCCCCCUACGUCGGCCAAUUCCUCUUCGACAAUCCAAGAAACGGAAUCUCCAUUGUCCCUCCAAUCCCUCUGGAGUAUUCUCUCAUACAGGUGGUGGGCAUCACCGGCGACGGCUCAUACCUCGAAGCCGCCUCCAAUUUCAUUCCAUUCGCAUCCCCGAUCAACUCAAUAUUCAUCAGAGCCCCGGCGUCGCCCGUCUACCUGGCCGUGGCGACGCUGAUGCAGAAGAUCUCCGGGCCGACUUCCGUCGGGUCACUCAGACUAGCCUCGCCGGACAUCCGGGUCAACCCGGUGGUCCGAUUCAAUUACUUCAGCGACCCGGGGGACUUACAGAAGUGUGUGAACGGGACAAGGAAGCUCGGGGACCUGCUGAACACACGAUCCAUGGAGGUGUACAAGUUCGAUCAGAGGUUCGGAGGGAGGGAUUUCCGGUACGUCGGGCCUGCGUUGCCGGUGAACCAGUCCAGCGAUGCUCUCAUGGCGGAAUUCUGCCGCCGAACAGUGAGUACUAUCUGGCAUUACCACGGCGGGUGCGUGGUGGGGAGGGUGGUGGAUGCAGAUCUCAGACUGAUCGGAAUCGACGCCCUGAGAGUCAUCGACGGCUCCACAUUUACUGUUUCUCCCGGGACCAAUCCUCAGGCCACUCUGCUCAUGCUCGGACGACAUGCUGGAUUGAAGAUAUUGAGGGAAAGACAAGGCUAGGAGAAGUUGUAUAUGUGCAAAUUAUUAUGCUUUUUUGGUAAUGUAUAUGACCACUGUUCGUAAUGUAAGUUCUAUUUUGGGAAUAAAAACAUGGAAAUCCU